AAAAGAAAAGUCACGACAUGGCUUCUUAUCCUCACCCACCCUCGGUUCCCUUCCGCCCUCGUACAGUCCGGACCCACCCCUCACUGCCUGCCAUGACCGUCCUCCACAAUACGAGCCUGUGUUCUUUGUACCUCCCCUUCCUCGCCCUCAGUCUGUGCGUCCCAGCCUCCCUUCCUAGAUAUCCCUAGCACACCUCUCCGCCCGCAAACGGCUCCUACGGUGAGAGGAGGGGGUGAAAAAAAAAAAAGAGGAGAGAGGAGAACAGUUUCAAACACGUCGGCAUAAAUCUCGCAUCCAGAGGCUCCCUUUCUUUUUUUGGUGUUGCUUUCUCCAGCUCUCUUCUCUCCUGACUGGACUUCGCCACUUUCUAUCCCUCUGCGCGCCAAUGCCCGAGACCGCGCCGAAACGACGGAUUUUUCCCCCUCGAGCAUGACAAGGAUUGCCAAAUCAUCCGCAAUCCAACAUCACCGACCGAGCCACCAGCAUGAGCACUGGAUACAUAUGCUCCAGCAGAAGUUGUUGGCCGGAGAACUAAGAAAUCUUGGAGCACAGAGACAGCGGAGAGGGGAGAGUCAGUUUUAGGUCUCCAAAUAAUGGAGCGAGAAUGAACAGAGAGCGGCUUAAAAAAAAGCAUGAACUGGAGGUUUAUUGAGGUCAUCUGCUUCCUGUUUAUAUGGGACCAUAUAACAGUUCAGUCUUCCCGCCAGGACCCAUUGGCCACUGAGCAACAUGUCACCAAGCAAUAUGACUGGCUCAUCUCUGACCGCGGACCUUUCCACCACUCUCGAAGUUAUAUGUCCUUUGUGGAAAGAUUCCGCCAAGGAUUUACGACCAGAUAUAAAAUUUAUAGGGAAUUUGCACGUUGGAAGGUGAGGAACACAGCGAUCGAGAGGAGGGACCUGAUCCGGAACCCCGUGCCACUCAUGCCUGAGUUCCAGCGCAGCGUUCGCUUGCUGGGCCGCAGACCCACCACUCAGCAGUUCAUCGACACCAUCAUUAAGAAAUAUGGAACCCACAUACUCAUCUCAGCCACCCUGGGAGGGGAGGAGGCGCUGACUAUGUACCUGGCCAAAAACAAGCUGGACAGGAAGCUUGUCAACUCCACUCAGAACGUGGAGGCCCUCCAUCAGCUCGCCUCGUCAUACUUCAUUGACCGCGACGGCACGAUGAGGAAGCUGCACGAGAUCCAGAUUUCCACCAAUGCCAUCAAGGUGACGGAGACACGGACGGGGCCACUGGGAUGCAGCAGCUACGACAAUCUGGACUCGGUGAGCUCAAUCCUGCUGCAGAGCCCUGAGAGCAAGCUUCAUCUGCAAGGUCUUCAGGUAAUUUUCCCAGAAUACCUGCAGGAGAAAUUUGUCCAGUCCGCUCUGAGCUACAUUAUGUGCAAUGGAGAGGGAGAGUACGUCUGCCGCAGCAACCAGUGCAUCUGCCAAUGCGCCGAGGAGUAUCCCCAAUGCAACUGUCCCAUCACCGACAUCCAGAUCAUGGAGAACACCCUGCUGGGGAUGUCUGAGUCGUGGGCUACCUCUUAUAAAGACUUCGAGAGCUCUGAUGAGUUCAAGUCCUUCCUGAAGAGGCUGCCCUCCACUCACUUCCUUCCCAUCAGCAGUGUGCAUCUUCUCUGGGGCAGCGACUGGGACCUGCAAGCCAGAUACAGGCUGCUCCAGAGUUCCCUGGAGAUUCAGCGGCUCAAGAUCCAGCGCACCGCCCGCAAGCUUUUUGGCCUCAGCAUCCGUUGUCACCACAACCCCAACCACCAGAUGCCUAGGGAGAGGUCUGUGAUGCAGUGGCUCAACAGGGUUCAGUCCUUCCUCUACUGUAAUGAGAACGGGUUCUGGGGGACCUUCCUGGAGAGCCAAAGGACAUGCGUGUGCCACACAGGCGUCACCCUGUGCCUGAGACCCAUCCCGUGUGUCAUAGGCGGCAACAACAGCUGUGCUAUGUGCAGCCUGGCCAACAUCUCGCAAUGUGGCUCCUGCAACAAGGGCUACAAGUUGUACCGCGGCCGGUGUGAACCCCAGAAUGUGGACUCAGAGCGCAGCGAGCAGUUCAUCAGCUUCGAAACUGAUUUGGACUUUCAGGACCUGGAACUCAAAUACCUGUUGCAGAAAAUGGAUUCACGACUGUACAUUCACACUACAUUCAUCAGUAACGAGAUCCGCCUGGAGACAUUCUUUGACCCCCGAUGGCGUAAGCGCAUGUCCCUGACUCUGAAAAGUAACAAAAACCGGAUGGACUACCUCCACAUGAUAAUCGGCCUAUCAAUGAAGAUCUGCCAGAUGCGAAAUAGCAGCAUUGAUCCCAUGUUCUUUGUUUACGUCAACCCGUUCAGUGGCAGUCACUCAGAAGGCUGGAGCAUGCCCUUCGGGGAACACGGCUACCCACGUUGGGAAAAGGUACGACUGCAGAACACCCAGUGCUUCAACUGGACUCUCCUGCUGGGCAACCGGUGGAAGACCUUUUUUGAGACGGUGCACAUCUACCUGCGUAGCCGCGCGAAGGUCCCGACGGGCCUACGCAAUGACACAGGCCAGGGUCCGGUGGAUCUCGCGGACCCGAACAAACGGCAGAUCUACAUCAAAAUAUCUGAUAUCCAAGUUUUCGGCUACAGCCUGCGUUUUAAUGCCGACCUGCUCCGCAGUGCUGUGCAGCAGGUCAACCAGUCGUACACACAAGGAACUCAGUUCUACUCAUCCUCAUCUGUCAUGCUCCUGCUCCUGGACAUUAGGGAUCGGAUUAACCGCCUUGCCCCUCCAUCUGCACCUGGCAAACCCCAGCUGGACCUCUUCUCAUGUAUGCUGAAGCAUCGGCUCAAGCUCAACAACAGCGAGAUGAUUCGAGUUAAUCAUGCCUUGGACAUGUACAGCACAGAAAUACUAAAACAGUCGGAUCACCUGACUGCGAAACUCUGUUGAACAUAGUGACAUGAACAGAAGGACAGCAAACUCAACACACAAACGCCCAACAAAUGAACUAUGAGGGGAUAUUAAUCUUGAUUUUCUUUUCUCUUUCUCAUUUUUGGACCUUUUCUGCCUUUUGAUGUAAUAUUAACUUUGUAAGCAUAAUUCUUAAAGAGAAAAAAAGGAAAAGGCAGUGAUGAAAAGCAUUUCAGGAAGAUGAAGAAGAUUCAUGGAACAACUCUAAGGACUGUAUCAUAUUUGUCCCAGCAUGUCUGUCAUUCCCUUAAUGAACUAUAAAGAGCGCGAGAGAAAAAAAGAAAUAUUAAAAUUUAUGUACUGGUGGAAAAAGAGGCCUUGAUUUUAGUCUGAGGGAUCAAAGGUUAUAUCUGAAACUGCCAUUCUUUACUGGGGGAAAAAAAAAAAGAAGAAAAAAAAAUAUACAUUUUUAAAGGAAUAAUGACAUAACACAAGGGCAGUCCAGAUAUCCUUUUAUUUCAGCUAAUGUGCAAAAUAUUUCCGACAGUUUAAUAUCAAAGAUGUUUAUACAUUGUAAGGAUUAAAUAGCCCUAGUGAGUAAGUAGUCAACAAAUUACUUAUAGACUCUUUAUUACAUUUCAAAACCCACAGUGAAUCCGCAUUGCUCUUUGUGAGUUAUGAGGCCACUCCGUCAUUGUUCUGACACAUAAGGCACACAGCAGGGCAGUAAUGGAUAGUCAUGUCAAAUAACAAAAAGCCAGCUGUUUAUAUAUACAUAUAUAUGUGGGUGAAUGUGUGCGUAUGUGAGUGUGCAAGUGUGCGCAUACCUUUUUUUGGCUUGAUGCUUAUUGCUGUUCGUUAAUUGAAUGUGUCAUUUGAGAUUGACUCCAGUCUAAGCUGAAUCUCGCAUUUGGAUCGCUUCUUCCCGUGUUUGAAAUUCAAGCUGUGUUUUUUCACAAGGCAGUACCUCCUGGUGCGUGAGUGCAAUAUUGUGGUCUGAAGAUUUAACAAUCAAUGCUAUUUUGUACAGCUUUGCAAAAUGUACAUGUUGUGACUGCUGAUCCGUGGAGCUUUCCAGCACCAAGAGCAAAAUGUAAACAUUCAUUGUUCAGGCACAUUUGCAAGACAACUUAAAGCCAUACACUUCCCUGAGGUAGACAUAAAACAUGAAGCUCAUCCAUGUCUCACUUAGUACCUACAUGGAAAAAGAUGUUCCAUUUAUAUGUUUUUAUUUUAUUCUCUCACUUGAUUUCAUAAAUGAACACAACAAAAAGACAGAUGACAAGAGAGGGCAUUUACUGCUGGAUGCAAAUUGUUUUGAAAGCCAUUGAAUGUGUCACAGGGGGAAAAAAAAUAAUAUAAAUGCUUAUAUUAAAGCUUAAAAUACCUUUUUGGCAGUGAUUAAUAUGUAAGCUUUUUAUGCCCAUGUGUAAAAAUGUUUGUUUCUCUAUCUAGAUGUCAAAGUUUAUUCUGCAUGUUGGUGAAAACAUCAGCAAAGCUGCAACGUUUAUCAUUUUGAAUCAUCAAAUUUGAAAUUUGAAAACCUACUACACUACUAUCAAUCAAAAGUUUAAUAACACCUCAGUUUAAGUUUUUAUUAAAAAACUUUGAGCAGUUAGUCUCCAAUGAAUAACCUUAAAUGCAGUAAGCAGUAAAUUGGCCAAAGCAAAAAAAGAACAGGAAAGAAAAGUUCCCAAAAGCUGCAAAUCCAUGUAAAUUUCAUGGAAAACAGGCUUUUUUCAAGGAUAACAAAUUGGUUAAAUUACAAGGUUCCUGCAGCAAUGGAAGUUAAUUAGGCCCUGAAAGAUACUGCACACUAUUCCUACAGGUAAACCAACUUUUUUUAAAUUACAAAGUCUGUUAAUUACUAACUGGAACAAACUGUGUUACUACGCCAUUGGAUUCCUUAUAAGGACAAUACUGUACUGUGGGAAGGGUUCAACCAUCACAGUUACCAGAUGAACUGGACAGGAUGUGAUUUAAUACAUCUGUGGAAACUUCUACAACACUGUUGUGGACAAAUCUUCCAACCAAUUGUUCAUUUCAUUUCAGCAACAACUUAAAACUGAGGGGUUGUAAAACCUUUUUCAUGUAGUGUAAGUGCUUCGGGUCACACUUUAUUUUGGUAAAUCUGAUGCUGAAACGUUGCUUUUACUGGUGACUUUUUGUAGGUCCACUUUAUUACUUGCAUAUUUGUCCACAACAAGAAAGGCAAGGUCCCCCCAUGUCGUAGCUGUUCUGGCGUUGAAACAUAAAAUAAAGACCCCGAACUCUGGAAAAACCUCCCUACUCUUAAAGCUGCAGGAGUAAGCUUUUAGAAUAGUAUUUAAAACCCAUUGAUUCCAUAUGUCUUGCGUCCCUUGAUGUACCUUUAGUUUGGUUGCCUUGAUAUUAUUUCGUUGAACUUUGUUGUAUGUUUAAAAAGCUGUACUAGUCCUUUUUAUUUUGUGAUUAAAUAACUUGUGAGGUUAGCUGUAAGCAGAGGUGCGUAAAAUAUCUGGAAACAACCAGUUCGGAGAGGGACAUAAAUGUGGGCGGGUCAAACAAUGAAACUGAAAAGUUCUUGAAAUAACACCGUAAAUAGUUAGAGCAAUGAUUAACGAGAGACAUUGCAGCGGUCCUGGAAUUUCUGGUGAUUGGGUAUUUUGCAAAAUUACAAUUAUCUAUGUAGUAUGUAGUAUAUGUUAGCACGUAGAGUAUGUGGCGGCCAGUUCGGAACAACUAACGCUCAGCUUGUAGGGCUCAGCUCCAUGUUUUUAGGUUGAUCUCACAGUUCACAGUACUUUCUUCAGUCUUUGUCUUUGUUAAUGGCUCAAUAUCUCUACCGUUGCUUUCAGUGUGCAAAUGAUGACAGCCCUGCUCCGAGGCGCGUCCGGGCCAGGGCAUAGCGUAGUAAAAUGUACUGUAUCGUGACCGGUGCAUCUGCUCGGGUGUAGACGGCAGCUCUGGUCGCUGACUCACAUUCUGCCGCUGCCCAAACAACAGCUUCCCUGCAGGGCAAACACGGCGGUAACUGCUAGACUCGCUUUAGCGUUGGAGGCUAUCAGGCUCUGUGAUGAAUUUCGAGGGGCCAUUAUCUUCCUUUUGUGCCAUUGAUCACUUAAAAUAUGUUAGCAUCCAUUGCAUUACCACUGACAUUUGCAUGGCAACAGUAUCUGCGAAUGGAUUUGUUUUAGCGGAUGCCGAGCUAAUUUUUAACAUAUUGACGCUAAGCCCUCACAAGCCCGAGAUGGCCAUUAUCCUACAGUCAAUACAAAUGCAGUAAACAGGGGAAAUGAUAGUGCAGCAAACACAUUGGAGAAUCCAAAUGAAUUGUUACCAUGUUGUAAUAGUGAUAAUAACGACGCGGUUAUUAUUAUUAUUAUCAUCAUUCUUAAUAUUAUUAUUAAAGUGCCUGUUAUCAAUCCCUUUAACAUGUUUAAAGCUGGAGAAAACAUUUUUGAUGUUACGCACGAGGAGCGACACUCGAUUAGCUUCAGAAUUCCAGACCGUACACGAUCAAAUACAAACGUUUCAUCUCCUCCUGAGGUCUGAGCUUCGAGGAGGUUUGUGCAUGUGGGGAUUUCAGCCACCAGACGGAAAACAAAGAAUGACUUGUGGUAAUACCGGUGGAUCCUUUUUGUCCCCUGUUGUACAAUACAUGUGUAAAUAUUAACUCUGUUACGGUGACAACACUCUGCUACAGUAACAACAUUAUAAAAUAUAAAAGUAUUGAAAGGGAAUACAAAGACUACUUCAAAAAAAAGCCCUCCGUCUGAGUACAUUAGCACAAGGAACAGGGCACUCAUGUCUUAUGUAUGUAAUUAGACUCAUGACAAUUUAUGACUGUUUUUAUAUCGUCGGAACAUGCUGUACAUUACAAUUUAGUUUUGAGCCACUUGCAAGGUCCAUAAAACAAGCACAUUUACUCGUAUGGCGUUAUGCUACCACAGUGUUGCUUACAUGUAUUCCAUGACUAUGUCUGAAGAUUUUUACACCUAAUACCUUGCCUAUGUACUUUUUUGCUGUUCUGUUGGGAUCAUUAUAUCAGCUUAUUUCAAAUGAAUGUUUCAUAUAAUAAUCUAUUUCUCAUUAAAAUGCUAUAUUUAAUAAGAA